CGUUUUUUCCUAUUUUCUAUUGCUUGUUGCUGGAAAAGUUAGAUCGGAAGACGGCGGAGAGACCGAGAGAGAAGGGAGAAAUGGAGGGAGGAAGGGAGAAGCCCUUGAGGCGGAUCGCGGAGGCGUUUGAGGGCUUGGCUGCUAACUCCCAGACGGCGCCCAUGGAGGUUGAUGCCUUCUCCCGGGCCUGCUCCCAAGUUUCCGUCCUCUUCAGAUGUUUAGGAGUCGCGUUCAAGUUUGCGGAGAUGGAUUAUGUGGCCAAGGUUGAAGAUCUGUCUGAGGCAUCAAAAUCUAUCUCAACAUUGAACAAUUUGCUUGAAAUAGAUAUUCAACAGGAUUGCGUUAGACGUGGUGGGAGCCAUUCUCGUAAUCUACUUCGAGUGAAGCGUGGGCUUGACAUGGUUAAGGUGUUGUUUGAACAAAUUCUUCAAAAAGAUGGAAAUUCCCUGAGGGAUCCAGCAUCAGUAGCCUAUGCAAAGGUAUUUGCUCCUCACCAUGGCUGGGCAAUAAGGAAAGCAGUUGCUGCGGGAAUGUAUGCCCUUCCUUCAAAAGCACAGCUAUUGAGGAAGCUGAAUGAAGACGAAGCAUCUGCGAGGACUUAUAUGCAGACUUACAUCAUAUGUUCUGGUCCUGUCAUCAACUCUAUUGAAGACCUAUUUAACGUUAGGCAAUUGGGCAUAGAUUGGUGAGCAAAGAUAACGCAAUAGCCUCUCAAUUUAACAAUGGGAGUUUAGCAAAAUCCAUGUUAACUCAUAUGCCUCAAACGUGCAUAAUGGAAUGAAUAAGGACUAAAGAUUUGAUGUAAAAAUAUUGCUACCCUGCGGCAAACAUGGUUGCGUUAGAUUUUAAUUUGUCAAGGUUAAUGCUCAACACAAGAUGUUAUUCAAAACAAGAUGAGUUGAACAUUAUAUAAUUUGGAGAUGAACUGUGAGGAUCAUUAUAUAUGAUGUUUGUAACACGAAUAUUUGCACUGGUGUGAAUCUCGCUAUUCGAUGCUUGAAGAUCA